GGCGAUGAUGACGAUGGUGUUGGUGGUGGUGGUGAUGGCGAUGGCGAUCGUGACCAUCGUAAUGGCGACCGCGAUGACGAUGGUGAUGAACCUCGUCUUUACCAAUUACGAUGGCGAUGGUGUUGAUGAUGAUGAUGAUGAUGGCGAUGGCGAUGGUGAUGACGACGAUGGCGAUGGUGAUGAUGGCGAUGGCGAUGGCGAUGGCGAUGGCGAUGGCGAUGGCGAUGAACUGGUGAUGGUGAUGAUUAUGGUGAUUGAUGAUUAUGGUGAUGGAGAUGAUUAUGGUGGUGAUUAUGGUGAUGAUUAUGGUGAUGAACCAAUGACGAUGAUCAUUACCAAUGGUGAUGGCGAUGGUGUUGCGAGCGAAUUUGAGGACAAAACUCGAAGAGGAAGAGGAGAAGAAAAGGCGGGAGCAAGAGGAGGCGUUCGAAAAGGCGAUACCAUGGCGGAGUUUCUUCGUGCAGUGCAGCAGCAACUUGCGAGCGAGUUUAGGGAAAUCCGUACGGCGUCUGUGGAGAAUCUACUUUAUGUCAAAGAGGAUCUCAUUAUUCCCCAUCAGUACACUUUUUACGAGCUCAUCAUCAACAAGGCGCGCGGUAAAAGUGGCCCGCUCUUCAACUUUGAUGUUCAUGAAGACAUUCGUACUGUUGCAGACGCCACGAUUGAGAAAGACGAGUCUCAUGCAGGGAAGGUGGUGGAGAGGCACUGGUACGAGAAAAACAAACACAUUUUUCCAGCAUCAAGAUGGGAGAUUAGGAAUUAUGCUAAACGAUAACUCACAACAAGUGACGUAAGGAAUCGAAUACACUCGAAGAACGAGUAGCAAACAAAUAGAUGAUUGAAACUAAAAUGAAAGCGCUCAAAACCA